AUGAUCCGGCAGGACUCCCACCGCAUCGACCCCAAGCGACGCGCCGUGCUCGACCCCAAAAAGAAGCAGUUCGCCGCGCCCUCGUUCAAGCAGCAGGACUACCCCCACCGUCUGAAUUUCUACGAUGUGCCUCCCACCGCCGAGAUCACGCUCGAGGAGUUUGAGCAAUGGGCAAUUGACCGCUUGAAAGUGCUCGCCGAAAUCGAAGCCUGUUCAUACCGGAACAAGUCCCCCCAGGAAACAGAGGCUCAUGUCGAGCCUCUGCUGAAAAAGUUCCUUCCUCUUGCGCCCAAUCUGUCCGCUAGCGCCGGUGUCGUCAACGAGCAGUUACGCAAUGAGCGGCAAAAGGACCAUUACUCGCAUUUCAUACUGCGACUCGCAUUCUCAACCACCGAGGACCUUCGCCGCCGCUUUGUCCGCGCCGAGACCAUGUUGUUUAGAUUCCGGUUUCAAAAGGACGACAGCAAAGAGCGCCACUUCUUUAUCGAAAGCCUGAAUCUGGACUGGGAACCCGUGAGCAAAGACGAAAAGCAAGAGCUUGCCGAUCAGCUAGCCAACUCCACCCCGGGCUUGCGACGCUUCGAUGAUGAAACUUGGUACAAGGUCGACUGGGAAAGGAUUCCAGAACUCGUUGAGCGCCGCGCAGUCUUUGUCCGCAAGGGGAAAGCCUAUGUUCCGCAAAGAGAGCAAUUGAGCAUGGUCAUUGCCGAUUUCACGAUGCGCCUAGAAAAAGCCAUGGAGUUGACAAGCCGGGCGCUACCUCGACUAGACGAAGAUGACCGCCUCACACCGAUUCUCAAUCACCUGUCUAAAAAUUUCGGAAGUGCCGAGUCUGUUUACUCCGAGGGUGAGGGCGUUGUUGAUGGUGCGCCAAUUACUGCAGCCUCCGUCGACCCGUUAUCAGCACACUUUCCUUUAUGCAUGCGCAGUCUUCACAUGACGCUUCGCAAAAACAAUCAUUUGAAACAUUUUGGCCGUCUCCAAUAUAGCCUCUUCCUCAAAGGCAUCGGACUCAGCCUAGAUGAGUGUAUUGUCUUCUGGCGCCAGUCGUUCAGAGGUUACACAGACGACGAAUUCAACUCCAAGUACAAGUAUAAUAUUCGUCACGUUUAUGGAGACGUCGGAGGCGAUGUCAAUCGUCGAGGUCGAGGCUAUCCGCCAUAUUCCUGCCAGAGAAUUCUAACGGAAAGUGCCCCAAGCACAGGCCAAACCCAUGGCUGUCCUUACCGCCAUUUCUCUGUUGACAAUCUCACGGCGCUCCUCCAGACAACUGGAGUACACGACAAGGACAUCUUGCGCGGCGUCAAGGAAGAUGUCGAGAAACAAAGAUAUCACAUCGCUUGCAACCGAGUCUUUGAAUGGGCUCAUAAGGCGGAAAUCAAAAAAGUGAAGGAAGACGGCUCAUGGAACCAGACCGAUCUCGACACGAUCGUCCACCCCAACACGUAUUUUAAACGGAGUUAUUUGCUCAAGACUGCGGGGAAACCGUCGAAAGAGUAG